AUGCCGACUGUUCACCUGCUCGAUUAUGUCGCAGGAAAUGUCCGCUCGUUGGUGAAUGCUAUCAACAAAGUUGGGUUCGAUGUUGAAUGGGUCAAGUCCCCGGCCGAUAUCAAAAAUGCUGAUAGACUCAUGGUGCCCGGAGUUGGCCAUUUCGGCCAUUGCCUCUCUCAGCUUUCCGAAGGUGGCUUCCUGGAACCGAUCAGACAGCAUAUAGAGCUGGGGAAGCCCUUCAUGGGCAUAUGUGUUGGUCUGCAGGCGCUUUUCGAGGGUUCCGAAGAAGAUUCCGACACCCCCGGAUUGGGGCUGAUCCCACAACGAAUGCAGAAAUUCAACGCUGACACGAAGAGCGUGCCUCACAUAGGCUGGAAUUCGGCUAUGAAUACAACCUCUGAGCGGCAAACUUUCUAUGGGUUGAACCCGAACAGCAAGUAUUACUACGUUCAUUCCUUCGCAGCUCUCUACAAGGCCGGCGUAUUAGAGAACAACGGCUGGUCAGUUGCUACGGCCACGUACGGUGAUGAAGAAUUUAUUGGCGCCAUCGCUCGGGAGAAUAUCUUUGCAACGCAAUUUCAUCCGGAGAAAAGCGGACAAGCUGGACUACGGACUCUCCGUGCGUUCUUGAAUGGUGACAAAUACCAGCCAAUCGGAACGGAGGGUCUGGAGGCAAGAAAGAGGGAAGACGGGUUGACCCGCAGGAUCAUCGCCUGUCUUGAUGUCCGUACGAAUGAUGCUGGUGAUCUGGUCGUCACGAAAGGUGAUCAGUACGAUGUGCGAGAGAAGGUCGGCGUGGAUGCAGGAGGUCAGGUAAGAAAUCUGGGAAAGCCGGUUGACAUGGCAAAGAGGUACUACGAGCAAGGGGCGGACGAGGUCACCUUCCUCAAUAUCACGUCUUUUCGGAAUUGCCCGCUCGUAGAUACCCCAAUGUUGGAAAUAUUGAGAAGAACAUCGGAGACCGUCUUUGUUCCUCUGACAAUUGGAGGCGGUAUCAAGGACACUAUCGAUCCUGACGGGACUCACAUUUCUGCUCUGGACGUUGCUACAAUGUAUUUCAAGUCUGGGGCCGAUAAAGUCAGCAUUGGAUCGGAUGCAGUCAUUGCAGCUGAGGAGUACUAUUGUCGCGGCGAGAAGCUUACCGGAAAAACUGCCAUCGAGACAAUUUCGAAGGCUUAUGGAAACCAAGCUGUGGUUGUGAGCGUUGACCCCAAGCGAGUUUAUGUCACAAGCCCGGAUGACACCGAGCACCACACGAUCAAAACGAAGUACCCGAACGCUAGCGGCCAGACUUAUUGCUGGUAUCAGUGCACAAUCAAGGGUGGCAGAGAGAGUCGUGAUAUUGACGUCCGACAGCUAGUGAAGGCUGUUGAGGCCAUGGGUGCUGGCGAAAUUCUACUGAAUUGUAUCGACAAGGACGGAAGUAACAGUGGAUUUGACCUGGAGCUGAUCAAAGAUGUCAAGGCUGCUAUCAGAAUCCCUGUCAUCGCUUCAAGUGGGGCUGGCGUGCCAAAGCAUUUCGAAGAUGUCUUCCGAUAUACGACCACCGAUGCGGCAUUAGGUGCUGGAAUGUUCCAUCGUGGUGAGUUUACUGUUGGGCAGGUCAAGGAACACCUCCGGAAUGAGGGAUUUCUAGUCCGCAACUUCGAAAGCGACGAAUGA